AUGUCAGAGGAAGAUGAUUCUUUUCUGAAUGUUAAAAGAUCUGUGAAAAAGAAAAUGGUGAAACACAGCACCCCAGUAGACUCAGUGCUUUCAAGAACAACUCCAUCUCUUACAGAUCUGACAAAUCAGUCAAUCAAGGACCAAGAUGCCACAAAGAGGAUUUAUGGAUCUCCAAUGCCAAAGUCAAAUCUAAAUAGAUCAUUAUCUCAAGUGUCAUCAGUGCGUGUUGAUGCAUACUUCCCUCAUAGGUCCCCGAAAAGGCUUUCAACAGCAUUUGAUUUGCAAGAACUAAAUAAAGAGAAAAGCCAAAGCUCUCAGCUUGUAUUUUCUAGAAGGAGGCUUUCCACUGUGUUGGCCUCUGAUGAAUCAAAUCAAGAGCCAGCUCACAAGGUUGUCCCAAACACAGAAACUCAAGGUUCCACCCGAACAUCUGUGGAAGCUUCAGUGACUCACAAGAGUGGACCUUCAUGGCUUCUUACUGGAAUACCAGGGAUCRAAGAUCCCCUGGUACCAAAAAUGAGAAAAAAGAAAAUUGAUAAGGCUCUCCAGAGAAAGAAAGAAAGGGAAUGGCUGCUUCGUCAACUUAACAACAUUGAGGAGGCAACUAAACAUGAACUGAUGAUAGAAGAACCUUGA